AUGGUGAAAAUCGAAUGUUUGGUGUUUGGGCUAGUUUUAAUCGGCGCAGUCCAAGCUCAAAAUAAGUGCUGCAACCAAGGUGAAAAUGUAGUGUAUCGGAAGGUGUGUCAAAACGGGUCGAAUAUCACAGGAAUCUCUUGCGAUCGCAUGUACAUGAUCGAACCGCCGAAGAACGGCAAGUUUAAUAUAGACUCCAAUGGAACCCUGAUUGAUGAUGAUAUCGAAAUUUACGUGGAGGAAUAUUGCUUAACAAAGACAAACGACUCUGAAGACGUUAUAGCAUUGGUCUGCAUGUAUAAUGACCCAACGGAAGAGUCUGAAUUUUUCUACAUAUUCCGAGCCAGCUGUGCUGUAUUGUCUGUGGUUUUCCUAGUUCUAACCAUAAUUGUAUACAUCUUAGUGCCAAGUUUACAAGAUUUACAGGGGAAAUGUAUCAUGCACUCAAUAACUGCUUUGGCAAUCGCUAUGCUUUUUCUGGGCAUUAUGCAAUUUGGAGUACAGAUUUCGGAAAAAGUGUGCCAGAUUGUUGGAUACGUUACAUUCAUGGCAUUUUUUUCAACCUUCACGUGGCUGAACACAAUCUCGUUUCAUAUAUGGAGAACUACUGUAAUGCCACACGCACACGCAAGUUCAACGCAGUGGUACCUCACAUACUUAAUCUAUGCGUACGGUAUACCAUUACUAAUGCUAAUAAUAGCACUUGCAGCCCACCACGCGCCCGGUAAUCACAUCAAACCUGGAAUUGGAGACAGUGUUUGCUGGUUUCAAGGUAGGGAAGCAAUUUGGGCAUACUUUUACGGUCCAAUAUUGUUUCUGCUAAUACUAAACGUUAUUUUCUUCUGCUGGACCAUCAAGGCAUUAUGGAGGGACUGCAGAACCAUGCAGAACAGUUCUUCCAAGGUCAAAUCGUUGAAAUACAAGUGCCUCUUGUACGUGAAGUUGUUUUUUAUCAUGGGACUGUCGUGGAUAUUUGAAGUAUUAUCCUUUGCAUUCGAUGAUAAAGAGCAUUUUAUUCGAUACGUGUGGAAUGUGACAGACUUCAUUAACUCCAUGCAAGGGGUUUUAAUAUUUCUGAUACUGAUCAUCUUUAGAAAGAGGGCGGUAAGAGAGUUGGCUAAACAGGGAUUGUGUUGCAUUCGCCUACCGGCAGAAUGGAAAACUUUGCAAGAUGAGGAGUGUGAAGAAUUGUUCGACCAAAAAGAGUUUAGCAUGGAGAACCAUCCCGAAGAACACUUGUACAAAGAGAAGACACACGCAGUGCGCCAUGAGGCGUGAACUUUAAAGAGUCUCGAAAAACACAUGAUGAUGCGAGGUUGAGAAAAAGAAUUUUGCAUUGUUAUAUUGUAAAUAACAUUUCUUACAUACAUUUUUAACAAGAA